AUGUUAAGGUUGAUGAUGUCCAACCAAGGAUUGAAAUCUCUGUUCCCCAUGGAGGAUAUUUCAGUAAUGGAGAUCUGGGAGUUGUUGCCGCAUCUGAAUAAGUUAAGAGUUAAUUUGAAACAGACAAUGGAGGCUGCACUUCUCUUUAAGCCUCAUGUUGUUGUGACAGUGGAUUCCAAGGGUUUUUCAUUCCGAUUCCUAAAGCAGUUAAGGGGUAGGGCUAGAUAUGAUCAGCAAGCAUUGGUUUGCCUUCCUCCACACUUCCAUUAUUCUGCACCAUCAUUCUGGGCCUGGAAAGGGGGUGAAAAAAGACUCAAAGCGCUAUCUGAGUUCAUAGACCACGUGUUCUGUAUCCUUCCAUUUGAGGAGGAAGUUUGCAAAGUGCAUGGACUAGCUGCAACCUUUGUGGGUCACCCCAUGCUGGAAGACGUUUGGGAGUUACAGUCCGUACAGUCGGUACAGACAUAG